AUGCGGCAGAGGGGAACACUCCGAUCGUCGCCAAGCUUUGCUCCUUGAUGGCCGCCGUGGACGGCGGCAUGAACGUCACGCAGACCCAGGUUGUUCCGAAGCUCUGGGGGGCCAUCUCGACCUUCACUUCCUGGACGCGGCCGUCGGUGCUGGAUGAGGCGCCCGCGGCGGCCUUGGAAAAGGGUUCACCCCAGAUCAAAGCCCGCCUCUACCCCGAGCCGUGGGGGCAGGCCAAGAUCCUCACGCUCGACGCGGUCCAGCCUACCCUUAAGCAGUCCACCGAGCCCCUGGUGAUCCUGGCGGCCAUCGGGCACCGCCAGAACGUCACCUACGUAGUCCUGGACAGCAACGGGCCCGACGCGGUCCUCUUGGAGGGCCAGCGGGGCCCCUGCAAGGCCAUCAACCUCAGCGAGUCCGCGCCGAAGCGCCCCCGGCUCCACGCCUCCAUGCAGGACGACGAGCCCGUCGUCACCACCAAGCAGAAUCUGGCCCAUGCCCAGACCACGCUCUCCACAGAGUUCGCCGAGGAGUCCCUCUUCCACAUGGCCUCCGCGAAGCCUCAGACCACCCCCGCCCUCGUCCUCGGUGUGGACCUCACGGAGCGCGUGCUGCGCACUCGCGGGGCCUUCGCCUACGACGUAGAAGUCACGUGCAUCGCCUCGACGACCGAGGCCAACACCGACGCCUUCUGGAAGGCCAGACUUGACGAGGAGGACGCGGACGGCGCCAAGAAGUACUAUAACGGUGUCCGCCAGCUCGUGCAGCAGCGAAACGGCGCCCGAGAGUGGACCUUCUCCAGGAACACGCCUGCGUGCGUGGUUGCCACGGUCCACACUUUCAAGUCUGGGGCCAUCGUGUCUCGGGCGAUCUCGAAGACCGGUGCCUCCGCCAAGGCCGCCCGCCAGGUGACCAGCAUGGAUGCCCGCCAACGCUGUGGGGCCCCGAGGCCCGCGCUUCAGUUCGCCGCCACGGCCGACGCCUCACCUGCCGACAACGACGUUCCCAUGGCCUCCGAGAGCGGCCAGGGCGCCGUCGCCGCUGCAUACGCCGAGGCUGCGCGCGGGGCUCGGAAAGCCGCGGCCGCCCCACCCUUCCCGAAGUACUUCAACGUCGGGGCCUGCGGGGGCCAGGGCGACUGCAUGCACAUCGCUGCCGCGCAAGUGCUGGCUGGCCUCGCGCCGUCCAAGACCGCGCCG